GGUAGGCAACGUUGGGCACCGCACCCAGUAAACACCGACGAGCACAGCUGCUCAGUCAUCGUUCGUCCCCACUACGCUGCGGAGCAUCCGUCUAACGGAGGGUGCCUCGAGCCCUACCUUGUUCACGAACCCGGAAGGAUCAUGACAAUCAAGCAUUGCAAGCGGCUACGCCAUGCACGUGGUGCCCAACCUGGGGCGGAUCUCGUACACUUUGCACAAGUCUUCGUCGAACGCUGAGAUUCCAGGGGCGAGCAGCUCUCGCGAGCGGUGGAUCCCCUCCUCAUCCAGCUUCGAGGCGAUGCAGAUCGAAGAGCUCGGAUGCGGCUUGGGUCCGCCCCACAUGAGGCACUUCGAGGAGACUGCCCGUUACGAUCCGCGCCGCUUGGUCCUUUCCACAGAACCCGACCUGGUCGCCGACGAAGGCCACGAUCUCGAAUGCCCAGCUAAGGACCAGCCGGAGCAGUUGGCCCAACAAGUCAGCCCAAUCGAGGUUUCGGCGAAAGGGCUGACCCGAGGGGUCCUGUUCAGUUCGUCGAGGCCACUUUCCUUUCCCUCUGUCGGCUUCAAUCGGACCGGAGGCUCAGACCAACAAACCGUGAUGGCCACAUCGGGGCAACUCGCUACGAAAGCACCAAUGGUGUCCCGGCUCAGCGGAUGGCUCGAAGGAGUCUCUCAGGGCUCCACUAGCUCCAGAGCCAUGCCGCCUGGCCAGGACUCACAUGGCCUGUUGUCAGUGUCACAGGAACGGCCCAUUGUUCUCGACCCAAAGCGAGUCAGCUUCGGUGUUGCCAUUGCAGAGGCCGCCACUCCACCACGCUUGGACGGCAAAAAAGAAGCAGAAAAUGAGGCUGAGUGCCGUCGCUUGCCAGCACAAGAAGUCUGUGCCUGGGAUCGGACGACCGACGAUGCUAAAAAUCUUCAACAGGACAAUCCCGGAAGAGCAGCAGCGUCGACAAGCGCUGCCGUAACCUCGAAGGAAAGUAGCAGUUCGCCCGAGACACCGCCUUUCAUCAACCCUCAGGUUCCGACGAUAUGGAGUGCCCGGCGUUCUAGCGCCUUCCUUUUUUCGCCGAACAAAGUGCCAACUCGAGACAGCGCCCAACAGACGGACUCAUAAGCGCGCCGUUAUAUUUGCGCGCGAGCAAUGGGCAUAAUCUGCCCGGAUCACUCUUGCAUAAAGUCGGUAAACUGAAGAUGGUAAAAUCUGGAAACGGACAGUGGUUACCGCGAAGCCCAAACCGCAUCGCACGCUUGUCUCAGCUUUCUGAAUUUGUAUGGGGGUGAAAGAAUAACAGUCACAUUGCUUUCUGCUUGGGGA